CACGUCACUACCGCACCUGCGCAGCCAUCUUGAGCCUUUAGCAAGCAACGGACAAGGCAGAAGAAAAUAGGAGUGAAAUACAACAGCCCAACCUGAGAAAACAGGGAUAUGUCCGCUAGAAUCAAGGAUAUAUGAAACAAUAAAGGUCGAAUACAGUGGAACGACCACGGGACAGUAACGGAGACGGUAAAACAGCCAUCUAAGUGCCUCGGAUACCCGGACCUAACGUUAUACAAGUCAUCUUUUUUGCCGGAGUAGGAAGGAAGAGUCGAUUCGCCGACAGAAAAAACACAUUCAGUGAAACCAUGAAUCCCGAAUAUGACUAUCUGUUUAAGCUCCUGCUCAUUGGAGACUCUGGAGUAGGAAAGUCCUGUCUUCUGCUGCGCUUUGCUGACGACACCUACACAGAGAGCUACAUCAGCACCAUCGGAGUGGACUUUAAGAUCCGCACCAUCGAGCUGGAUGGCAAGACCAUCAAACUGCAGAUUUGGGACACUGCAGGCCAGGAGAGGUUUCGUACUAUCACCUCCAGUUACUACCGCGGGGCCCACGGCAUUAUAGUUGUGUAUGACGUGACAGAUCAGGAGUCCUAUAACAACGUCAAGCAGUGGCUUCAGGAAAUCGACCGCUACGCCAGUGAAAAUGUCAACAAGCUUCUGGUGGGCAACAAGUGUGACCUGACCACUAAGAAAGUAGUGGACUACACAACAGCCAAGGAGUUUGCCGACUCUUUGGCCAUCCCCUUCCUGGAGACAAGUGCCAAGAACGCCACCAACGUAGAGCAGGCUUUCAUGACCAUGGCUGCAGAGAUCAAGAAGCGCAUGGGUCCUGGGGCCACAGCCGGCGGUGACAAGCCCAACUUAAAAAUUGAGAGCACUCCCGUCCGGCAGUCUGGAGGGGGCUGCUGUUAAAAGACCCCUCGCCCUCCCUCGACCCACCACCCUGACCAUCACUUCCACCAAAAACUCCCUUUCUUCUUCUGCUGUGUUCCCUCCCAUCAUCUCCGCCACUUCCACACCCAACCAGUCCUCCAUAACACCCUGUAACCCUCUCCCCCCUUCUUUCAGCCCGCCUGGACAUCCGGGGACGGUUGGCCAAACAGAAGAGUAAACUG